AUGAAGCCAUACUUCGGCCUUCGGGGCGCGAACUUGAAUAUCAUGAUCGGUGUCAUCGCCGGUCUUGAUUUCUUGUUGUUCGGAUAUGACCAAGGUGUGAUGGGAGGUCUAUUGACUUUGAACUCAUUUGUUACCGUCUUCCCCGAAAUCGACACGACCAGCUCAUCAGCGGGUGGCAAUUCGACGACACAAGGAAUCGCCGUCGCCUCCUACAACCUGGGUUGUUUCUUUGGGGCAAUCAUGUGUAUCUGGAUUGGAAACUAUCUCGGCCGUCGCAAGACAAUCUUUGUCGGCUCCAUCAUCAUGGUCAUCGGUGCUUCGCUGCAGGCCUCUGCUUUUUCGCUCCCGCAUUUCAUCGUCGGCCGUGUUAUCACGGGUGUCGGAAACGGCAUGAACACUUCCACCGUCCCUACAUGGCAGUCCGAAUGCUCCAAGUCCCACCACCGCGGAAAGCUCGUCAUGUUAGAGGGUUCUUUAAUCGCAGCCGGUAUCACGAUCAGCUACUGGCUUGAUCUCGGCUUCUCCUUCCUGGAUCCCAGCUCAGUUGCCUGGCGAUUCCCGAUUGCCUUCCAAAACGUCUUCGCCCUGAUAAUUCUGAUCUUCGUGCUGCCGCUGCCCGAAUCCCCCCGCUGGUUGAUUCUCAAGGGCCGCGAGGAGGAAGCUGUAGGCGUUCUCUCCGCCAUUCUGGACCUGGACGAGACCGAUCCCUACCUCCUCUCCGAAUUCGCCGCUAUCAAGGAUGCAGUCCUGGCCGCUUCUACGGCCAGCUUCCGUGACCUGUUCACUAUGGAUGAAAAUCGACACUUCCAUCGCGUGGUACUUGCCUACGUCAACCAGAUGUUCCAGCAGAUCUCUGGUAUCAAUUUGAUCACCUACUACGCGGCGACUAUCUACGAGAAUAUUGGCAUGGAUGGCCUGACAUCUCGCAUUCUCGCUGCUUGUAAUGGUACCGAGUAUUUCCUGGCGUCUCUCAUUCCCAUCUUCAUCAUUGAGAAGGUGGGCCGGCGAGUUCUGAUGUUGAUCGGUGCGGCCGGCAUGUCGAUCUCGAUGAUUGUCUUGGCCAUCACCACCAGCUUUGAAGACCAGCCCAAGCCCGGUAUCGCCGCUGCUGUGUUCCUAUUUGUUUUCAACACCUUCUUCGCCCUCGGCUGGCUGGGAAUGACCUGGUUGUAUCCCGCCGAAAUUGUUCCCCUGCGCAUCCGGGCUCCCGCUAACGCACUCUCGACCUCGGGUAACUGGAUCUUCAACUUCAUGGUUGUGAUGAUCACGCCUGUGGCAUUCGACACGAUCAAGUACAAGACCUAUAUCAUCUUUGCUGUUAUCAACGCAUUCAUCUUCCCUGUCGUCUACUUCUUCUACCCCGAAACCGCCUACCGAUCCCUGGAAGAGAUGGACACUAUCUUCCAUAAGACAGCCAGCGUCUUUAAUGUUGUCUCAGUUGCCCGCAACGAGCCCCACCGUUACGGAAAGAACGGCGAGCUUCUCAUCAACUACGAAGACACGGAGGAGCAUCUGCGUCGCGCUAGCUAUGUCUCAGAGAAGAAGGCCCAGCUGGCUAGUGGCACGGGUGAUCUGGAGACUGGGAAGGGUACUCAUUUCGAGCAUCGCAAGGACAGCGACAGCUCAUCUUCAAGCAAUUAG